ACGGACAAAGCAAAACAACUUUUUGUACAUGUUGACGUUCCGUAGACGGGCGUUUCUUGCAGGUUUCUAGGGCUUUGGCGGGUACCGUAAAAAAUAAAUAAACAAAGUUAGUCAUGGAGGAAACAACUCAGGAGGAAAUUUGCCACAAAGGUGCUAAAAGUUCAGAAGAUAACGUAGAGGGUCAGUCUAAUAAUGCAACAGGAGAUGUUUCGUCUCAGUCGUCGGGUCGUGGAAAUGAUUCUCACCGGUCAGACGGAGCCGAACCCCGGAGGAACAGGCUACUGCUGUUCAACAAAGUAAUGGAGAAGAGCCUACAGAAGUUUAUAUCCGAUGCAAGGUAAGUAGCUUGUGAAUGAUACAUUUGGCUAUAUAUUACGUUGAGCUGAACAAUGUUGCACCCUUGGGAAACUAGACAGCUAAAUUUGUCUGAAUCUGUCGUCAGUUUUCACAGAUUUGCCCACACGUUCCAUCCGUUCUACAAGAAGAACCCACAGGUGACAGAGAACAUCCACAAGCAGUUCAUAGAAGACCUACAGAGGACUAUACAGGUUGGUCACCAUCCCUUAAGUACACUUCAUAUGAGGGAAUGUUAGACUUUUGACAUUUCUGACUGUGUGUGUAUGUGUGGCACGUAUACAGGAUGACAUUAAUAAACUGAUCGAAGAGGGGGAGCUACAGUGCAAACUGGAUGAGCUGAACAAGCUAGAAGAAGCUGCUAAGAACAGCCAAGACACUGCAUGGUUAGUCACUGUCUGCCACCAAAGAGGAUGUUGGCCUCUUUGUUUGUGUCUGUAUGCUGCCGUGCCCAGUGUCUUCCUCCAUCUUGGAUUGUCCUGUAUGCCAUUACAUUAAUUUAUGUGUGUUCACCUUGUAAAAUCGGACCUUAGAUCAGUGUCCAGUGGCACUUCUGUUCACCCUACUCCUCCUCAUGUCCCCCAGGCGUCCCAGUGGAGUGCCUGAGCAGGACCUUUGUAGUUUUGUGAUGCCAUACUACCUGAAGCAGGAGGCGUACCUGCGGAGGGAGCUGAAGAAGAUUCUGGAGGAGAACGCUGUGCUGGCUCAGAGGGUGCUGGCGGGCAGGGAGGGCAUCACUCAGACCGAACAGCGCAUUGCAACAGCUGUGGACGAGUGGAAGGUGAGCAAGAUAGAGAUGGAGAAUCACUGCAUUGGGGGCACAGAUCCUCUGAGCUAUAUAUAUGGAAUGAAUGAAUGAGUCAGUGUCAUUUUUGGCUUUGGUUUAGCAAUAUUGUGUUUUCACUGUUUCUUUCUCUUUCUUACUGCAUCUCUAGGCACCUGCACAGACAUCUGUUGGCGAGUUCCAAGCGCUCUCUUCCUCCCUCUACCCCCCUGCGACCUUUGAUGUUUGACCCCUGACCCUGAGUAAUCAACUGUUCUAAAGCAGAAUGGAUUUGUCCAAUUUGAACCAUAACUCUCACCCUGACGUGUUAACUGUGCAUUUUUGUAAUGAGUAUACCAGUUCUCUUUUAUUCCCGAGUCUGUGCUUUGCGCAUUUUUUUAUUAAAUAAACUACAAAUAAAAAAACGCAACACUAAAAACACAUUUGCCUUCAUUUAGUAGCUACAGUACAUCAUUCAAGUAUACAAUAUUAACUUUUGAAACGCACACUUUUAUAGCGGAUGCCAUUGUCAGUACAAUUUAUCCAGCCAAUAUAUUGCUGGUAUUACGGUACUUCGCCGAUGGCGAAUAUGCCACAAAGAAGUCGAGACGAGUCAAGCUGUUGUCAUACAAUCGUUGCUAUAUGUGUACAAAACUAAACGUAUAGGCGAGGAAAUCGAUGUCUUUUUUAUUAUUAAAUAUAUGACAUACUCGCGAUAGACAUGACGGAAAUGUUUUCAACUCUGUAUGGUCAAAAUGAAGCUCAGGGACCUCCCGGAUCAUCGUCUCUGGGAUUCGGACUGGGAAAGCCUCUGCCGCCAAACCAAGUCACGAUGGCGGCUCAGAUGCCACCUCAGCACGGGGAUGAGGGGCCUGCUCUACGGAAGCCGGGAGCCAUGAACGAACCUUUUUAUUUACUGCGAGAACUACCAGGUAAAGUUAACAUUUCAGUGUAGGCAGUACGUAAUAUGUUUAUUCAUACUUGAGUGGAGGAUUAUUAUUCGCUAGUUCCUUAUGAUGUUUUCCAAUAACAUUAUCUAACCUGUGCGCUAGCUGGUUACUAGUCCAUUCAAUAGACGGUAAUGACGUGUAAAGGGGGGCAGGCUGUAAACUGGGUUUACAGGGGGGCGCGCUCCAGGACCGAGUUUGGGAAACCUUGCUCUAGAGCUAGCUGGUUACUGGCUAGUUAGCCCAGUGGGUAGUAUAUUAAUUUAUAUAAUAAUAUAAUAUGCCAUUUAGCAGACGCUUUUAUCCAAAGCGACUUACAGUCAUGCGUGCAUACAUUUUUGUGUAUGUGUGCCAUAACAAGUUACUCACUCUGGACCGUUGUAUGGGACAUUGACCUCUGUAUGGACUACUCUGGAUCUUGUUACUGUAUUGACAGUGUCCUUUCCUUUGUGUUUGCCCCUCAGUGGGCAAUGAGCUGACGGGCAACACCAACCUCAUCACCCAUUACAACCUGGAACACGCCUACAACAAGUUCUGUGGCAAGAAGGUCAAGGAGAAGCUCAGCAACUUCCUGCCAGAGUUACCAGGUGAAAUACACACUCAGCACAGUUACUCUGUUUACUGUGUGUGUGUUUGUGUGUGUGUCUGACCCGCCCGGCUGAGUAUCCCCACACCUCACUCACUCGCCUCUUCUCCAUCUCUCCUCUGUCUCUGUGUAAUCAGUGUCUCCGUUUUCACUUCUCUUCUGUGCGGCAGGUAGCCUAGUGGAAACGGUACAUUGAUGAUAUUUUUGUUCUAUGGAGGGGUGAUUUAAAACUGCUCCAGGCGUUCCGUGCUUUUCCUAACUCUUGUUCUGAGCACCAGAUUUACUAUGCAAUCUGACACACGUCAAAUCAGUUUCCUUGAUCUUCUGAUUUUGUGUGAGGAUAAUGUUCUAUACACUGAUCUUUACAGAUUUCGACCGAAAUAUGGCUGUGAUGCAAAGAAAAUUCAAGGAGAGGGGCUACAAAAAUUGUCAGAUUAAAACUGCCAUUGAGAAAAUUCAAAACAAAUCGAUACUUGACCUCUUUCAGGGACAGUCUCGCAAAAAUAAUCAUUCUUGCGUUCUAACUACACGCUAUUCAAAGUGCUCUGAACAAAUUAAGGGAAUCGUUCACAAACAUUGGCACAUUCUAAGAUCCGAUGACAGUAUUGGUAAUGUGUUUUCAGACCCUCCAUUGGUUGUAUUCUCGCGGGGCAGAAACCUCAGAGAUCAAUUGGUAAAUUUGGAUUUACCACCCCUAAAUAUCCCUGCACAACGUCUAUUUGCGCCUCUACUGGAUGGAAACUACAAGUGUAACGGCUGCACUCAAUGCAAUGGCACUUACACAUGUAGAUCCUUUAAACACCCCCAAACAGGGAAACAGAUCCCAAUCAAAGGUGUUAUUACGUGCUCCACUAAGGCAGUUAUUUAUCUUAUAACUUGUCCUUGUGGUAAACAUUAUGUGGGUAAAACAAAGUGCGAAUUAAAAGUAAGAAUCUCGGAGCAUCGUAGCACCAUUAGGUGCAAAAACUCGACAUACCCAGUCGCUGCCCACUUUUUGGAAGCAAACCACUCGAUUUCGUCCCUACGUUAUAUCGGCAUCAAACAUGUCACCCUCCCUAGGAGAGGGGGUGACCUCGACAACUUAUUGUUAAAACAAGAGGCUGCCUGGAUCUUUAAUUUAAAGACCCUUGCUCCCUUCGGUCUCAACGUAGACUUUGAUUUGAAGCCAUUCUUGUGAUUAUUGUGAUUUUGCUAUUCAUUGUAAAUGUUUGUGGGCCUAUGUAGCCAAGUUGUAUCUAUGAUCGUAUGCUAUCCAUGUUUUUUGGAUGUUCUGUUUAUCUGUGAAUUAAUCAAUGCUAUUAGGCCACACCCAGCCAUGAUUACAGACACCUGCGUGUGUCCUUUGACACUAUAUAAACUAGUGACCCGCAGUGUUUGUCAUUAUACCCUGAUGAAGACAGCUUGUCUGUCGAAAUGUUGGUUAUUAGGAUAUUAAAUUAUUGCAUCUGAGCUCCUAGAGUGUGCGGCUUUCCUUUUCUUUUCCAAGUGUUUUACUUCGUUAGCCAGCACCUCGUCUAAAUAGGUGUGCGUUUCUUUCGCCUCUAUAUUAGCCUAGUGGUUAGAGCAUUGGGCCAGUAACUGAAAGGUUGCUGGUUCAAAUACCCGUAAAAUCUGCCGAUGUGCCCUUGAACAAAGCAUUUAACCCUAAUUUGCUCAAGGGGUGCCGUACUACUAUAGCUGACCCUGUAAAACAAUACAUUUCACUGCACCUAUCCAGUGUGUGAAAAUAUAACUUUUUUGGUUGUUUUGUUUUUCUCUAGGUAUGAUAGACUGUCCUGGUACCCAGGAUGGCAGUUCGUUGCGCUCUCUGAUAGAGAAGCCUCCAGUGUGUGGCAACUCCUUCAGCCCUCUGACCGGAGCCAGCCUCACCGGCUUCAGACUGCACACCGGACCUGUAAUCACACACACACACACACACAGGGAGUAACUGAUUACAUAAAAACAAACCGUAAUCUGUUACGUUACUAGGCAAACCAUUUUUAUAAUACACUGCUAAAAAAAAUAAAGGGAACACUUAAACAACACAAUGUAACUCCAAGUCAAUCACACUUCUGUGAAAUCAAACUGUCCACUUAGGAAGCUACACUGAUUGACAAUACAUUUCACAUGCUGUUGUGCAAAUGGAAUAGACAACAGGUGGAAAUUAUAGGCAAUUAGCAAGACACCCCCAAUAAAGGACUGGUUUUGCAGGUGGUGACCACAGACCACUUCUCAGUUACUAUGCUUCCGGGCUGAUGUUUUGGUCACUUUUGAAUGCUGGCGGUGCUUUCACUCUAGUGGUAGCAUGAGACGGAGUCUACAACCCACACAAGUGGCUCAGGUAGUGCAGCUCAUCCAGGAUGCCACAUCAAUGCGAGCUGUGGCAAGAAGGUUUGCUGUGUCUGUCAGCAUAGUGUCCAGAGCAUGGAGGCGCUACCAGGAGACAGGCCAGUACAUCAGGAGACGUGGAGGAGGCCGUAGGAGGGCAACAACCCAGCAGCAGGACUGCUACCUCCGCCUUUGUGCAAGGAGGAGCAGGAGGAGCACUGCCAGAGCCCUGCAAAAUGACCUCCAGCAGGCCACAAAUGUGCAUGUGUCUGCUCAAACGGUCAGAAACAGACUCCAUGAGGGUGGUAUGAGGGCCGACGUCCACAGGUGGGGGUUGUGCUUACAGCCCAACACCGUGCAGGACGUUUGGCAUUUGCCAGAGAACACCAAGAUUGGCAAAUUCGCCACUGGCACCCUGUGCUCUUCACAGAUGAAAGCAGAUUCACACUGAGCACAUGUGACAGACGUGACAGAGUCUGGAGACGCCGUGGAGAACGUUCUGCUGCCUGCAACAUCCUCCAGCAUGACCGGUUUGGCGGUGGGUCAGUCAUGGUGUGGGGUGGCAUUUCUUUGGGGGGCCGCACAGCCCUCCAUGUGCUCGCCAGAGGUAGCCUGACUGCCAUUAGGUACCGAGAUGAGCUCCUCAGACCCCUUGUGAGACCAUAUGCUGGUGCGGUUGGCCAUGGGUUCCUCCUAAUGCAAGACAAUGCUAGACCUCAUGUGGCUGGAGUGUGUCAGCAGUUCCUGCAAGAGGAAGGCAUUGAUGCUAUGGACUGGCCCGCCCGUUCCCCAGACCUGAAUCCAAUUGAGCACAUCUGGGACAUCAUGUCUCACUCCAUCCACCAACGCCACGUUGCACCACAGACUGUCCAGGAGUUGGCGGAUGCUUUAGUCCAGGUCUGGGAGGAGAUCCCUCAGGAGACCAUCCGCCACCUCAUCAGGAGCAUGCCCAGGUGUUGUAGGGAGGUCAUACAGGCACAUGGAGGCCACACACACUACUGAGCCUCAUUUUGACUUGUUUUAAGGACAUUACAUCAAAGUUGGAUCAGCCUGUAGUGUGGUUUUCCACUUUAAUUUUGAGGGUGACUCCAAAUCCAGACCUCCAUGGGUUGAUACAUUUGAUUUCCAUUGAUAAUUUUUGUGUGAUUUUGUUGUCAGCACAUUCAACUAUGUAAAGAAAAAAGUAUUUAAUAAGAUUAUUUCAUUCAUUCAGAUCUAGGAUGUAUUAUUUUAGUGUUCCCUUUAUUUUUUUGAGCAGUGUAUUACAGAUACUUUUGAGAAACUAAAUUACUUCUUGGACUACUUUUACAUUCAGAAAGGAUGUUUGCGAAAAAAUACUUUCACACCUUUCUGUUUUCUCAGACAUAUUCAAUUCAUCAUUGAAAAAAUACGCAAGUUUAAGUUUGUUCCGCCUGAGUGAGUCUGGCCACAAGUCAGAUACCACUAUGAUGAAACACCAAAUGCGUUUGAAGGAUCCUUUUUGUAUUUUUCGAAUACCUCUUAAGGGAAAAGUAAUCAAAAAGUAACUACAAGUAAUCUGAUUACAUUACUGAGUUUAGGUAAUCCAAAAGUUACAUUACUGAUUACAAAUUUGGACAUGUAAUUGGAAUGGAUUACAUUUAGAAAGUAACCUACCCAACCCUGCACUCACACACCUUUCUUUGACCACAAUGCUCACACAUUCUAGGGAACUUUAUUAAUCAACAUUAGGCCGUAAAAUGUCUGUACUGCUAACGAAGAUGUGAAGAUGAUAUAUACUCUCUGUGUGUUUGUGGUCUAGCUACCAGAGCAGUACAGACUGAUGCACAUCCAGCCCCCAAAGAAGAAGAGCAAAAACAAGCACAAACACCACCGACCACAGGAUCCCAUACCGCAAGGUAACACACACACACACACACACACACACACACACACACACACACAGAUACAGAUACAGUGCCUUGAAAAAGUAUUCAUCCCCCUUGGCUUUUUUCCUAUUUUGUUGCAUUACAACCUGUAAUUUAAAUUGAUUUUUAUUUGGAUGUCAUGUAAUGGACAUACACAAAAUAGUCCAAAUUGGUGAAGUGAAAUGAAAAAAAUAACUUAUUUCAAAAAUUCUAAAAAAUAAAUAACGGAAAAGUGGUGCAUGCAUAUGUAUUCACCCCCUUUGCUAUGAAGCCCCUAAAUAAGAUCUGGUGCAACCAAUUACCUUCAGAAGUCACAUAAUUAGUUAGAUUGCACACAGGUGGACUUUAUUUAAGUGUCACAUGAUCUGUCACAUGAUCUCAGUAUAUAUACACCUGUUCUGAAAGGCCCCAGAGUCUGCAACACCACUAAGCAAGGGGCACCACCAAGCAAGCGGCACCAUGAAGACCAAGGAGCUCUCCAAACAGGUCAGGGACAAAGUUGUGGAGAAGCACAGAUCAGGGUUGGGUUAUUUAAAAAAUAUCAGAAACUUUGAACAUCCCACAGAGCACCAUUAAAUCCAUUAUUAUAAAAUGGAAAGAAUAUGGCACCACAACAAACCUGCCAAGAGAGGGCCGCCCACCAAAACUCACGGACCAGGCAAGGAGGGCAUUAAUCAGAGAGGCAACAAAGAGACCAAAGUCUGAAAAAUGUAUGCACUCACUAACUGUAAGUCGCUCUGGAUAAGAGCAUCUGCUAAAUGACUAAAAUGUAAAUAACCCUGAAGGAGCUGCAAAGCUCCACAGCGGAGAUUGGAGUAUCUGUCCAUAGGACCACUUUAAGCCGUACGCUCCACAGAGCUGGGCUUUACGGAAGAGUGGCCAUAAAAAAAGCCAUUGCUUAAAGAAAAGAAUAAGCAAGUACGUUUGGUGUUCACCAAAAGCCAUGUGGGAGACUCCCGAAACAUAUGGAAGAAGGUACUCUGGUCAGAUGAGACUAAAAUUGAGCUUUUUGGCCAUCCAGGAAAACGCUAUGUCUGCCGCAAACCCAACACCUCUCAUCACCCCGAGAACACCAUCCCCACAGUGAAGCAUGAUGGUGGCAACAUCAUGCUGUGGGGAUGUUUUUCAUCAGCAGGGACUGGGAAACUGGUCAGAAUUGAAGGAAUGAUGGAUACAGGGAAAUUCUUAAGGGAAACCUGUUUCAGUCUUCCAGAGAUUUCAGACUGGGACGGAGGUUCACCUUCCAGCAGGACAAUGACCCUAAGCAUACUGCUAAAGCAACACUUGAGUGGUUUAGGAGGAAACAUUUAAAUGUCUUUGAAUGGCCUAGUCAAAGCCCAGACCUCAAUCCAAUUGAGAAUAUGUGGUAUGACUUAAAGAUUGCUGGACACCAGCGGAACCCAUCCAACUUGAAGGAGCUGGAGCAGUUUUGCCUUAAAAUGUGCCAAGCUUAUAGAGACAUACCCCGAGAGACUUGCAGCUGUAAUUGCUGUAUAAGGUGGCUCUACAAAGUAUUGACUUUGGGGGGGUGAAUAGUUAUGCAGUUUUCUUGUCUUAUUUCUUGUUUGUUUCACAAAAAAAAUAUGUUGCAUCUUCAAAGUGGUAGGAAUGUGUAAAUCAAAUUAUACAACCCCCCCAAAAAUCCAUUUAAACUCCAGGUUGUAAGGCAACAAAAUAGUAAAAAUGCCAAGGGGGGUGAAUACUUUCGCAAGGCACUGUACACCACCAUCCAACAUCCUUUGAAACCCUUCCUUGUGUUUUUACAGAAACCCCCUCAGACUCUGACCCCAAGAAGAAGAAGAAAAAGAGGGAUGACGACCCCGACCGCAAGAAGAAAAAGAAGGACAAGAAAAAGAAGAAGGUAAGACUACUGUCCUGACCCUCUCUCCACCUCUUGCACUGACAUUUGGAUAUAGGAGGCCCCUAACCUCGCCCCCGGGUUAAUUGCGUGGAGCCUGGAAAAACAAGACUCAAAUGUGGGAGUGACUAAAUCAAAAUAUAUACAGUGGGGAGAACAAGUAUUUGAUACACUGCCGAUUUUGCAGGUUUUCCUACUUACAAAGCAUGUAGAGGUCUGUACUUUUUAUCAUAGGUACACUUUAACUGUGAGAGACGGAAUCUAAAACAGAAAUCCAGAAAAUCACAUUGUAUGAUUUUUAAGUAAUUAAUUUGCAUUUUAUUGCAUGACAUAAGUAUUUGAUCACCUACCAACCAGUAAGAAUUCCGGCUCUCACAGACCUGUUAGUUUUUCUUUAAGAAGCCCUCCUGUUCUCCACUCAUUACCUGUAUUAACUGCACCUGUUUGAACUCGUUACCUGUAUAAAAGACACCUGUCCACACACUCAAUCAAACAGACUCCAACCUCUCCACAAUGGCCAAGACCAGAGAGCUGUGUAAGGACAUCAGAGAUACAAUUGUAGACCUGCACAAGGCUGGGAUGGGCUACAGGACAAUAGGCAAGCAGCUUGGUGAGAAGGCAACAACUGUUGGCGCAAUUAUUAGAAAAUGGAAGAAGUUCAAGAUGACGGUCAAUCACCCUCGGUCUGGGGCUCCAUGCAAGAUCUCACCUCGUGGGGCAUCAAUGAUCAUGAGGAAGGUGAGGGAUCAGCCCAGAACUACACGGCAGGACCUGGUCAAUGACCUGAAGAGAGCUGGGACCACAGUCUCAAAGAAAACCAUUAGUAACACACUACGCCAUCAUGGAUUAAAAUCCUGCAGCGCACGCAAGGUCCCCCUGCUCAAGCCAGCGCAUGUCCAGGCCCGUCUGAAGUUUGCCAAUGACCAUCUGGAUGAUCCAGAGGAGGAAUGGGAGAAGGUCAUGUGGUCUGAUGAGACAAAAAUAGAGCUUUUUGGUCUAAACUCCACUCGCCGUGUUUGGAGGAAGAAGAAGGAUGAGUACAACCCCAAGAACACCAUCCCAACCGUGAAGCAUGGAGGUGGAAACAUCAUUCUUUGGGGAUGCUUUUCUGCAAAGGGGACAGGACGACGGCACUGUAUUGAGGGGAGGAUGGAUGGGGCCAUGUAUCGCGAGAUCUUGGCCAACAACCUCCUUCCCUCAGUAAGAGCAUUGAAGAUGGGUCGUGGCUGGGUCUUCCAGCAUGACAACAACCCGAAACACACAGCCAGGGCAACUAAGGAGUGGCUCCGUAAGAAGCAUCUCAAGGUCCUGGAGUGGCCUAGCCAGUCUCCAGACCUGAACCCAAUAGAACAUCUUUGGAGGGAGCUGAAAGUCCGUAUUGCCCAGCGACAGCCCCAAAACCUGAAGGAUCUGGAGAAGGUCUGUAUGGAGGAGUGGGCCAAAAUCCCUGCUGCAGUGUGUGCAAACCUGGUCUAGACCUACAGGAAACGUAUGAUCUCUGUAAUUGCAAACAAAGGUUUCUGUACCAAAUAUUAAGUUCUGCUUUUCUGAUGUAUCAAAUACUUAUGUCAUGCAAUAAAAUGCAAAUUAAUUACUUAAAAAUCAUAGUGUGAUAUUCUGGAUUUUUGUUUUUGAUUCCGUCUCUCACAGUUGAAGUGUACCUAUGAUAAAAAUUACAGACCUCUACAUGCUUUGUAAGUAGGAAAACCUGCAAAAUCGGCAGUGUAUCAAAUACUUGUUCUCCCCACUGUAUUUGUCAUUAUUUGAUCUUAGAAAAUCACACGACUGCAAGCCGUGGCUCAGAAAAUGUGGUGUGCUAUUAAAAUCAUACAUCAGAAACUAAAUGGAGGCCAGCUACCUUUUGAGCUAGCUCACUUUGCUGGCUAUACAUCUAAAUCUGUGUGGUCAACGUGUGUCACACUUGUGGGGAAAACGAACUAUACCAAUAUAAACGACAGAAGGGACAAAUCUGCUGAAAAAUGGCUUAAAUCUCCAUGUUGCAUCAAACGAGUGCAUACAGGGGGAAUAAAAACAGUGGUACACAAGACGGCGGUAAGGGGUUAGGAGAGAGGUGAUUGAUUUAGAAGAUGAAGCCAAUGUCUAUGGGUUGGGACUUUUUCUAUAUUGUUUGUGCCUCUUCUUGCAGAACCGCCACAGUCCGGACCACCCUGGCUUGGCUGGCUCUCAGCCCAACAGCAACAGCCUCCGAUAGACCAGGCAGACACCGUGUGUGUGAGAGGGAGGAGCAGCGUGUGAGUGUGUUUGAAGAGAAUCAGGAAAUGUUUGUGAGAAUGUAUGCAGAUACGAGAGAUUAUGCAUGUGAGAGAGGGAAAGAAAAAAUGUCUGUUUGUACAGGAUGUGAGUUCGUGAGAAAGGUCAAGUGUGUGGGUGGCAGAUUGGAUGUGAGCAUUGGAGAGUAAUGUUGUUACAGGAUGACAGACAUAAGGUCACUGUGAUGUUCUGACUGAGUGUAAAUGAUGAGUGUCCCUUUUUCAUUUGGUUGGGAUAUUCUCUAACCACACAUUAUAUUCCAAUAAACUUUGGUUAUUAUUGUUCA